AUGGUAGGCAUCAUGGAGGAUCAUAACAUCCACGCUCCUACCGUGGCGUCUGGCCCGACGUCCGGGGCUGCCCCCCGCGACUUGUCGAAGCUAUCCAUGGUGGAACUGAUGCAAGAGAAAGACCGGAUCGAGGAGGAGCUCAAAGAGCUUAGCCAGGUGCUUACUACGCAAUCGGUCACCAUGAAUUCCACUCUAACAACGUUCGACGGGUUCCCGCGCGAUGAUAUUGACGUGCCUCAAGGGCUCCAUGCCCACUUCGCCCAACUCCAAAACACGCAAGGCGCAACCACCAAUGGCACUACCGUGCCUUCUGCGCCCCCCGCAUCUGUAGCCCCCUCUGGCACUUCCGAGCCUGGUGCGCCUGGACGGCCAUUUGCGAAAGUCAACACCGUGGAGCCAGGGAGUCCAGCUGACCAAGCAGGUCUCAAGCCGGGCGACCUGGUCCGGGGCUUUGGCAAUGUACACUGGUUGAACCACGAACGCCUGUCCAAGGUCGCAGAGGUUGUCCGGCAAAACGAAGGGCGUGUUGUCCUAGUGCAGGUGUCGCGCAAGGAGGAGGGUGGAUCACAGACUACUGAGCUGGAAUUGCAGCUUACUCCCCGACGCAAUUGGGGUGGCCGGGGUUUAUUGGGCUGUCACCUGGUACCCUUGUAG